CAUAUCAUGCAUGGUGGAGACACGGUACGUUUUUUUAACAGUUUAUGCCUCAUACCCACCACGUGCUUUACGGAAAACUUCCUGCACAUGCGCUCAGAAGCCUCGGCCCAGCAUGCAACAUCGUCUCCGCCUCCCCUUGAACCACACACCCCUCUCUUUCGUCUCUGAAUCGGAUGGAAAAAAAAUAAACCCUCCGUUUCUCCCGGAGCUGCUUCCACUGCAGAGCGGCUGCUCCUCCUGUAGGCAGGCCGCUGUAGGACACCGCAGGGCGGGGAAAGAGCGUCGCAGGGGGCCGGUGUUGUGCAGCGCUCUCUGGAGCUCUGGCAGCGUCUACUCUCCUCCCCUCGCGCUGCAUGCUGCUGCGGACCCACCGAUACAUGCACGGACAUAUCCACCGGCUGCUUCCAUUGAUGCGUAAUUACAGCACAGAGAGAAGCGACAGGAGCCGGAUUUAGUACCGUUUGAGCUGCUGAAAGGGCAGAAAAAGAUGAGCCGCAGAAGAGGAAGAGGAGGAUUUCUCCCCAUGUUUCUUUUCUUGUGUCUAAUAUGGACACAGCUGCUGAUCACAGAAUCGUCUUCUGGGGACCACGAGCUCCGUCUCUUCCCUUCCCACCGCUCAGACGCGAACCCACAGAACGGCGCCGAAAACCUUCCCGAGUCCCCCCACCCCCUCCACCACCACCGCCACCGCCACCGCCACCUGCACCGUCCGCACGCCGCCAGGUUAGCCAGCGUGACGCCAGCCGCCCUGUUGGCGUCUCGGUUUCGCCAGGAGCCCGGCGGCCGGCGAACCCUCGACCUGCUGGCUCGACCGCAUCACGAGGUGCGGCCGGAGCACGCUGUGGUCUCUGCACGCCAUCUGGUUACCGUGUACCUGGCUGUGGAUGUGCGGAGGCUGAACGUCAGUCUUCUUCGGUGGUUUCGGGAAGGCGUAGCGGCGGCACUCGGCGUUCCUGCAGCGCACGUGCACAUCAACCGGCUGAAUGAGAAGAGGAAUGGCAUCGAGCUCUUCGUGUCCUCUGAUAGGCUGGGGAUCUCGGAGCCGCGCACCGCCGAAGAGGUCAUCCAAUCGUUGAACGUCCGAGUCCUUCACCGCCACCUGGGACACUUCGGCAUCACAGAAGUCUCCACUGAGAAGAACGUCCUGCAGGGCGAGCAGAGGGACCACGUGUGGAGCAGGGAGGGGUUUUACGCUGUCGUCCUCUUCUUCACCAUCUUCGUCAUCGUCAUCACCUGCUUGAUGGUUUUGUACCGACUGAAGGAGAAGGUCCAGGUUUUAGACAGACAGCUAAAGGCCCCGCCCCCUGGCCGCCACCUGACCCCGACCGUCCAAUCGGACUCCGCCCAAUGGUCAAAGGGCGCCAAGUUUGUGACGUCAGGAAGCAUGGUCCAAGCUGAGCUCCCUCCAGCUGUAGCCACGCCCAUUCGCCAGCAGCAGCCAAUCGUAGCCGGCCGCCGCCUCGCUCCUCCUGUCGUCCCUCUGCCCAGCUCCGCCCCUGCCCCCGUCGUCAGCAGCAACGACCACGCCCUCUUGGCCAGCGUUGCCCCGGUGACAGCCAAUAACGAGCUAAAGCCCUGCCCCUCCCCCUUCAGGAUGAAACCUGCCGCAGGAUUGCAGGAAAGACGUGGCUCUAACGUCUCUCUGGUGUUGGACAUGUCGGCUCUCGGCUCUGUGGAGCCCCUCAGCGUUGCCGUGGUAACCCCCAGAGAGGCGGCGGCCAGGGAAUACCUGUUGGCGGCCGGCCGGCCUCUGACGCGGCCGCAGCUCCGCGACAUCGUCGUCAACACGCACAAGCUGCACGCCGAGUUCGCCGAAAUCCCCAUGAAUUUCAUUGACCCCAAAGAGCUCGAUGUUCCAAACAACAGCACCAAGAACAGAUACAAGACCAUACUGCCCAACCCUCAUUCCAGAGUGAUCCUGAAGUCAAAAAGCUGCAACGACCUGCUGAGCUCCUACAUCAAUGCUAACUACAUACGGGGUUACCUAGGCGACGAGAAGGCGUUCAUCGCCACCCAGGGUCCGAUGGUGAACACGGUGAACGACUUCUGGCAGAUGGCCUGGCAGGAGGAGGCGCCCGUCAUCGUCAUGAUCACCAAACUGAAGGAGAAGAACGAGAAGUGUGUUCUGUAUUGGCCGGAGAAGAGGGGAAUCUACGGGAAGGUCGAGGUGUUGGUCAACAGCAUCAGAGAGUGUGAACACUACACCGCUCGCAGCCUCACACUCAAGUGUGGGAAUCAAACCCGCGUGCUGCAGCAUUACUGGUACACAUCCUGGCCCGACCACAAAACGCCCGACUCCACGAUGCCGCUGCUGCAGCUGAUGGAAGACGUGGAGACGGACAGACGGGCGGCGGCCGCCAUGGGGCCGGUCAUCGUCCACUGCAGCGCCGGGAUUGGCCGGACCGGCUGCUUCAUCGCCACGACGAUAGGCUGCAGACAGCUGCAGCUGGAGGGUGUGGUGGAUGUUCUGAGCAUCACCUGCCGGCUCCGAGCCGACAGAGGAGGUAUGAUCCAGACAGGUGAGCAGUACGAGUUCGUCCAUCACGCCUUGAGCCUGUACGAGGCCCGCCUAUCUGCAGAAACCGGCCAAUGAGGGCGCACCACCCCACAGGAGGCGUGGACUUAAACACCAGGAAGUGUGCUAACAUGAAGCGGGUCCUUGUAGCCGGUAUGAUCUCCGACAUUAGGGAAUUUCUGGAGGAGGUCUUUGAGUUUGAUGGACAACCAAUAAGGACUGCUUUGGGGUGAGCCCGCCGAAGGAAAGAGGAAAGGUAAACUUCUGAAAAUGGAAAGCAUCCGCUCUUCUUCUUCUUCUUCUUCUUCUUCUUCUCCUCUGCUGUUUCUUCGUGUGUUUUUUGGCGAGAGGUUCUUCAGAAGAGCUCAAAAGACUCGCUUAACUUCUCUCAACUGACUGUCGGAUCGUGUUUUUAACUGCAGUAAUUAGACUGUCCUAUUACCUCUUUACUGUCAUGGAGACUUAGAAAUAGUUUGACUGAAAGUGAAGGUACGUUGAUGAAUCACACUGUUGUGUUUCCGUGUCUUAUAGGAUUUUCAAAAUGGUUUUGUAUCGUGGUGUUGGCUGUUGGAAAAUGACUGUUAGCUGGUUGCAGCUUUUGGUUAAAGCACUCAACCUUCCAGCCUCGCUGCUCUUGUGACAUCCGCACUCCGUACGUUACUCCGCGAUUCGGUCACCUACGCAAACCUUUUUCAUGUUUGCCGUUAAAGUGAUGCAGAUACCAAUAGAGCACUUCAUUUGAUACCCUUUUCUUUUUCACCAACUUCAUUUCGAUACCUUUUGAACGUUUUGGUGAAAUUUCGUCACGAUGAACUUACGCCAACUCUGUCAAAUGCACUGCGCUCAACUUCACGUUGAAGUUGUCGUCUACUAGAACUUCAUUUAAAACUUGGUAAAGUGUCGGUAAACUUACAGCUCAAGUAACUUAAAAAAAAAUUCUAGCUUGCAAAUGUUCAAAUGCUAGUAUUGAAUAAUGAACACAAAACAACAUUAAGUGUUGUAGUGCACUUUCACAAUCGUUUGAUAACAAUAAAUAAAAUGCGAAUGACCGAAAACAAUCGUGUGAUCGCGUGAAAGUGUGAUUAAUUGCAGAGCCGUAAUCCGCCCCGUGAUUUCGGAUCUACUCCAAAACGUAAUGGGUUCUUCCUCGGCUCAUGCUACACCUUUCCACCAAGUUUCAUCGGAAUCGGGCCGGUAGUUUUUCCGUAAUUCUUCUGAUACCCCUUUUCCACCAACAAGAACCAGGUGCUGGUUCAGAGCUAGAGCUAGUGCCGGUUCGGAGUUGGUUCGACUGACGAGCCUCCAAAGAACCGGUUUGCUUUUCCACAGAGCUAAGGAGCCGGCACAGAGCCAGGUCUUACAUCACUGUAUACGUCUCAUCUGUCCCAGCAACGUUAGCGCGGUCGCGGCGCCAAACACAAACACACCAUCAACAAUGGCGGACGUUGCUUUGCUAUCGAUGUUCGUGGCUUUGCGGACCGACAUCGGCGUCCAAACUCGGUGGAUCCAACGUGUUGGCGCGGCUCGCCUUUAUAGUGCAAGAAAGCAGCUCGUUUCCUCCUCUGACCACUGCUGCUGCUGCUGCUGCUGCUGCUGUCGUUUAAUCGCGUCCAUCGUGUUUAUCUGCUAAUUCAAAAAUGGCGGUCACAAGUUUCUGUUCGUCUUGUUGGUGACGGUAACCCCAGCCGCUGACGUAAACGGUUCUUACUUCUUCUUGGCCCAGCAGUGAUUUGUUGCUACUUAAGAACCACUUUUACCGGUUCGGAGCUGGUGCUUUGGUGGUCGAAAAACAAAGAACCGAUUUGAAACCAGGCUCUGGCUCCGAACCAGCACCAGCUCUGCCUCGGUGGGAAAGGGGUAUGACAGACACACAAACGGAACCAAAUACAUGACCUUCUUGGCGGAGGUAACGCUAGUAAUCGAAUACAACUUCGUGAUCUUCGUUUCCACAGACUGUGCCAUUUUCACAAGAUGUAAGUGUUGUCCGCUGCUCGGUAACUUACAGAGACCCCGAGAAGUCACAAAAGGGUUUAAACUCCAGCCAUAGAUCACAAGCUGAAAGCUGACAAACCAAUCUAAUGACAAACGUAGUUCAGCAAUCUCCGUAGAGGCUAAUUCUAGCAUUAUUAGUUCAGUGUUAAUCCGUGUGCUUCAAUGUCAAUAAAUGGAUGCUAACCUAUAAGCAUAUUAUGCUAUUAUUAGCCCGCUAUGCUAAUGCAAUAUUUUGUUAAAACUAAUUAAAUCUAGUAUUCCACUGCUAAACCGUGCUCGCAAAAGAAUAAUUUCUUUGUUACAGCAAUUAUUUUUAUACUUUCCAACACGUAAGGCUCCCAUGAGGCUUGGACUGCAGUCUAAGAAUUAUGGGAGAUGUAGUUUUCGAGUGCUUUGUGUUUCAUCUUCAUCUGUUAAUGUAAAACUAAAGAACUUUUCUGCUUCAGUCCCUAAAGGUAGGAAGCGGAAUUGUCCGUUACCGCUGUCGUAAUGUCUCAUUAGCCGCUUUCCGACCAGGUAGUUACAGGAACGUAGUUCUAGGAGAAGUCCUCUUCUAAGCAGAUCUACUAACUACUCUCCCCCAAAACCGUUUCAAUUUGCAUUCGCACUGGCCAAGUGGCCACAGGGACUAUAGGAGGGGUAAGGGAGUAAUGCAAGC